AUGAACGCAGCCGGGAGCCGUGCUCCGGAGGCCGCCGGUGCCGGAGGGAUCGGGCUGGAGCCCGGCGGCAGCCCGCGUCUGAGGCGGCGGGGGCAGCCCGGGGAGUCGCCAGCGGCGGCGGCGCCUCGCGGAGAGGGCGAGUGGCCGGCGGCCGGGGCGCCGCUGCGCUUUUACCCCGUUCUUCCUCCGCGCCCUUAUCCCGCUGCGAAUCCCGGCCCGGCCUGGGGCUGGCUGCGGCGGCGGCGCUGGGCUGCGCUGCUGCUGCUCGGGCUGCUGGCGGCUGGAGCGGCGGACGGAUGCGAGCUGGUGUCGAGGCACCUCCGCGGGCGGCGGGCGACGGGCUCUGCCGCGGCUGCCGCUUCCUCUCCCGCCGCGGCGGUGGGCGACAGUCCAGCGCUCAUGACAGAUCCCUGCAUGUCUCUGAGUCCACCGUGCUUUACAGAAGAAGAUCGAUUUAGUCUAGAAGCUCUUCAGACAAUUCAUAAACAGAUGGAUGACGACAAAGACGGUGGGAUUGAAGUAGAUGAAAGUGACGAAUUUAUCAGAGAAGAUAUGAAAUAUAAAGAUGCUACUAAUAAACACAGCCAUCUACACAGAGAAGAUAAGCAUAUAACUGUUGAGGAUUUAUGGAAACGAUGGAAAACAUCAGAAGUUCAUAAUUGGACCCUUGAGGACACCCUUCAGUGGUUGAUAGAAUUUGUUGAAUUACCCCAAUAUGAGAAGAAUUUUAGAGACAAUAAUGUCAAAGGAACAACUCUUCCCAGGAUAGCAGUGCAUGAACCUUCAUUUAUGAUCUCCCAGUUGAAAAUCAGCGACCGAAGUCACAGACAAAAACUUCAGCUCAAGGCACUGGAUGUGGUUUUGUUUGGACCUCUAACACGCCCACCUCAUAACUGGAUGAAGGAUUUUAUCCUCACGGUUUCUAUAGUAAUUGGUGUUGGAGGGUGCUGGUUUGCUUAUACGCAGAAUAAGACAUCAAAAGAACAUGUUGCAAAAAUGAUGAAAGACUUAGAGAGUCUACAAACCGCAGAGCAAAGUCUAAUGGACUUACAAGAGAGGCUUGAGAAGGCACAGGAAGAAAACAGAAAUGUUGCUGUAGAAAAGCAAAAUCUAGAACGCAAAAUGAUGGAUGAAAUCAAUUACGCAAAGGAGGAAGCUUGUCGGCUGAAAGAGCUAAGGGAGGGAGCUGAAUGUGAAUUGAGUAGACGUCAGUAUGCAGAGCAGGAAUUGGAACAGGUUCGCAUGGCUCUGAAAAAGGCUGAAAAAGAAUUUGAACUGAGAAGCAGCUGGUCUGUUCCAGAUGCACUUCAAAAAUGGCUUCAAUUAACACAUGAAGUAGAAGUACAGUACUACAAUAUUAAAAGACAAAAUGCCGAAAUGCAAUUAGCUAUUGCUAAAGAUGAGGCAGAAAAAAUUAAAAAGAAGAGAAGCACGGUCUUUGGAACUCUGCAUGUUGCACAUAGCUCCUCCCUAGAUGAGGUAGACCACAAAAUUCUGGAAGCAAAGAAAGCGCUCUCUGAGUUGACAACUUGUUUACGAGAACGACUUUUUCGCUGGCAACAGAUUGAGAAGAUCUGUGGCUUUCAGAUAGCCCAUAACUCGGGACUCCCCAGCCUGACCUCUUCCCUUUAUUCCGAUCACAGCUGGGUGGUGAUGCCCAGAGUCUCCAUUCCACCCUAUCCAAUUGCUGGAGGAGUCGAUGACUUAGAUGAAGACACACCCCCAAUAGUGUCACAGUUUCCUGGGACCAUGGCUAAGCCUGCUGGGUCCUUAGCCAGAAGCAGUAGCUUGUGUCGCUCUCGUCGCAGCAUUGUGCCAUCUUCACCGCAGUCCCAGCGAGCUCAGCUUCCUCCACAGGCUCCUCACCCAUCACACCCUCGGCAUGCUCACCAUGCCCAGCACCCACAGCACUCAUUGCCUUCCCCUGACCCAGAUAUACUUUCAGUGUCAAGUUGCCCCGCGCUUUAUCGAAAUGAAGAGGAGGAGGAGGCCAUUUACUUCUCUGCUGAAAAGCAAUGGGAAGUGCCAGACACAGCUUCAGAAUGUGACUCCUUAAAUUCUUCCAUUGGAAGGAAACAGUCUCCUCCUUCAAGCCUUGAAAUAUACCAAACAUUGUCUCCUCGAAAGAUAUCAAGAGAUGAGCUCUCCCUAGAGGAUUCCUCCAGAGGAGAUUCACCCAUAACUGCAGAUGUCUCUCGGGGUUCUCCUGACUGUGUAGGUCUGACAGAAACUAAGAGUAUGAUCUUCAGUCCUGCAAGCAAAGUAUACAAUGGCAUCUUGGAGAAAUCCUGUAGCAUGAACCAGCUUUCUAGUGGCAUCCCGGUGCCUAAACCUCGCCACACAUCAUGUUCCUCAGCUGGCAAUGACAGAAAACCAGUUCAGGAAGCCCCAAGUGUUGCCAGGAUAAGCAGCAUCCCACAUGACCUUUGUCAUAAUGGAGAGAAAAGCAAAAAGCCAUCAAAAAUCAAAAGUCUUUUUAAGAAGAAAUCUAAGUGAACUGGCUGACUUGAUGGAAUUCCAUUCAAGUGGCAUAUGUAAACUUUAUGUCCCACCCCUCCACUCCUUUUUUUUUUGUUUUAAUCUUAGGAAUGUAACUCCAUUGGGACUUUCCAGACUGGAUGCCAUAGUGGGACAUCCUUAAGGGCAGCUGUCUACUGUCUGCUUAUUUAAAUGACUAUAUAGUCAAUUCGUCAAGCCAGUUAUUACUGAAAAAUUAUUGAGAUGAGACAGUUUACAGUCAUUUCUGCCUAUUUAUUUCUGCUUUGUUGUUAGAGAUGUAUAUAGAACAUUUUGUUGAAAGCCACUAUGGACUUACAAGCUUUAAUGGACUAGUAAGCCAGCAUGGGCUUGCAAAAGUUUCUUGUUUACCAGAGCAUCUUCUUAUCUUUCCACAGAGCUAUUUACAUCCUGGACUGAGUAACUCAAAACAAGUAAAACUAAUUGCACUACUUACUGUUUUCCAGACUGGAAAAAAAAAAUCUGCAAGUGAAACUGUAUAGAGUUUAUAAAAUGACUAUGGACAGGGGAUGUUUUCACUUUUAGAUCAAAAUGGAUUUUUAAGUAGAACCUAGGGUUUCUAAUUGACUUGAUUUCUGGACAUGAAAACCCACACUUUUAUUAUGAGAAGCUUCUUUAAAUGCAUUUAAUAUUAUAAAGUUUCAAGUCCUGCUGUAAAGAUCAUGUUAUUUUGUUUUUCCCAGGGCUUUCACUGUGAUUUACUGCAUUGCAGGCUGUAUGAUAAAAUAUAAAUAAUUUAAAGAGAGAAGGCUCUUGAUUCCUUAUGCAAGUGGCAGAGUUGAAACUUGAUUGAAGGACUUAAAACAUUCACAAGCUUAUACUGAGACAAGGGGAUGUGGGGUUUCAGGCACUUGUUUACAGACUUUGAAUAACUGCAAAGAAUUUAUGGUUUAUGAAAAUUUGUACUGUGGAAAAGAUAAUAAAUUGGAGACAUUAUUGUGUGGGAUUGUGCUGAGUUUUGUUGGUAACACUCCACUAAAAACACUAUAUGUUUUCUGGAGAGCUAUGUAAGCUGUCUUGUUGCUUUGUUGCAAUAUAAGAUAUAAUGAUGUUUUGGA